AAAGAAUUAAAAUAACACAUUUAUUAAUAUUAUAAAUUUACAAUAUGUAUUAUUUAUUGUAAAAACAUCAAUGAAUUAGUUCAUCAUUUUAUAUAGAAUAUCAUCAAAUAAUGAUUUUUUAAGAGGUGAGUAAAUUUGCUAAUUAAUGGCUUGAAAAUUUAUUUUUCUGCAUCUAAUUAAAAGAUGAGAUUGUAAAUGAUUUUUCAUGAUAGGAUACGAGAAAUUCGAAUCGAUGCUUUAAGCUUGUUUUUUCUAUCUCGAUUUCACUAUAAGUGGAACGCGGUCGCACGCGACAAACAUUAAAUUCACACGAUGUUUGCAUCACAAAGAUAAAAAAUUCUUCAUUUGAUACAUUCUGCGCGAUUCUUGAUUAUGAUUCUAUUAUACCAUAUCGUAAAAUUUCCAUUCUCUUAUUUCUUGAUAUAUUCUCGAAUAGAUCUAUAGAAAGUAUAACAAAAAAAGAAAGAAGUUUUCGAUAGGAGAAAAGAAUAGUAAAAAAAAGUGAAUCAGAAAGAAAAAAAAAUAGUAUAUCAUUUAAAAAGAGUAGGAGAAGAAUCGACUAAUCAUCGAAAGAAAGAUUGAAAUGGGAGGAUAUGAAUGUGGUGGGAGAGAGGAUGAAGUAGUGGCAGCCUGCGCUGCGUGAGACAGCGACACAGCUGAUCAGUCAGUCGUUCGUCGUUUCUGUAACGGACAAGUUGUUUUGGUAUAAAUUCGAUGGUAUAAAAUUGAAACGAAAGAAAUUUUCUCCAUAGAAUGACAGUGAAUCACAUAUAAGAAUUUUCGUAUACAUGCCAUUGUUUACGUGCUCUAUGCAAUUUGUCAAAGUAUCGAAAGUAAAAGUUACGGGUGAAGCUAUAACACCAGUGAAAUUAUUCACAAUAUCGACGCAUUGCGGAUCGCUAUUAGUGACGUCGAAUCACUUGAAUCGUAGAUAUUUUUCUCUUUUUCGAAGAAAAUUGUUCAUACGAUUAGGGUCUAUGACCGCUUCACGAGGUUCAUCCUAUCACAGAUAUAGAAAGAGCUAUGAUAUAGGUGUGACUAUUAACAUCAGAUUAAAAUUGAUGAAGUCCGAAACAAUCGAAGAAGAGGACACGACUGCUGAUCCUGCAGUUUGUGAACAUUGAUGCUGAUGCAACCAUAGAUCACAAUAUAUUCCAUUCGUGUAAUCCAGUGCAUUGCCAGUUUCAUUAUUUCCCUUUCACUUUCUUAAUUUUUAUUUUUUUGUUAUAUUGUGGCAUUUUAAUUAGUAUUCGUGUGCCGACAGUGGUAUACACAGUGGUUUAGAUUUUUUUUCACAGUGAAUCAGUUUUAUUUCUUUGUAUAAUUACAAAGAUACAUUAUACAUGUGUGUAUGCGCGCGUGCGCUAGUGUGAAAAGAAAAGAAAAGGUCGAUGACAAUGCAACGAGUCCAAGAUCAAGACAAUGGAAUCAACAUCAAAUUCGGUGCAAACAAAAACAAGAAAGGAAGCUAUAGACUUGUAUCGCAACACUCCGAAAAUGAAAAAAAAAGUAAUUUCAAUGGGACCAAUAAACAAAUUAAAUGUAUAACUGUUGAAGAAGAUUUAGUCCCACCAGAUGGAGGAUGGGGAUGGCUUAUAUUGUUAGCAUCUGUUAUGGUGAAUUUACUUAUUCCUGGAACAGUAAAAUCUUUUGGAGUUUUAUUUGUUGAAUUUCUUGAAGUUUUUGAUGCAUCACCUGCUGCAGCUGCUUGGAUUCCAGCUUUAUGUUAUUUUCUCUACAGUUCACUUGGUCCACUUUCCAGUAUAUUAUCAGUUAAAUAUUCUUAUCGAACAGUAACUUUACUAGGUGGAACAUUUGCUGCUGCAGGAAUGAUGUUAAGUUAUUUUGCAAAUUCUGUAGCCUUCUUGUGUAUUAGUUAUGGUGUUCUGGUAGGAACAGGAGCAGGCUUAGCUUUUCCUCCAACUGUAUAUAUAGUAACUUCAUACUUCGUAAGAUUACGUGGACUUGCAAAUGGACUCUGUAUAUCUGGCAGUGCAUUAGGUUCAAUAUUUCUACCACCCAUCUUAGGAAUUCUUCUACGAGAAUAUGGUUAUAGAGGUGCAGUAUUAAUAAUGGGUGCUGUCACUUUGAAUGUAUGGGCGAGUGCUCUUUUGUACGAACCAGUGGAAAGACACAUGGUACCAGCAUCAUCGUCGAACAAAUCGAACGAUGUCGACUUGGAAGCCGCUUCGGUCACAAUAACUAGUCCCGAAGAUGAGAAGCAAUCAAAUCAUGUUGUUUCUUCUUCGAACACAAAUGAGAAAGCCGCGCCAAUAGUACCAAAGAGCGCGUCCAGUGUUGCUUUAGAAUAUUACAAGAAUACACCCGUUCAAGGUCGAACGAGAAAAAUUAGUAUGCCAAUGGGACGAGAGAUAACGGGUCAGAUGCACAGUACACCGGCCCUACAUGCGGUUCCGGAACGUGCUGCAGAUUCUGGCAAGCUAUCGAAACGUCAGAAAUCGCCCUUUCAAUCACCCAGUAUGUCAUCUUUCAAUUAUAUCAGCACACCAUAUCAUGGAAGUACACUUUCCGCUCUACAUCCGGAACGAGCAUCUACAUUAACUUUAAACGCGAUAUCAAGCACAUUCGCAAGAAAAGGCACUGAAGAAACGAAUAAGAACGAAGUAAAAGAAAAGAAGAACAAAUUCUUUGACUUUAGUUUAUUGCGGGAUCCUAUUUAUUUGGUAAUUUUAAUCUCAAAUUCCACAAACGCUGUCAGUUAUACAAACUUCGUCAUCUUAUUACCAGCAUACGCGAUCUCAUUAGGUUUCGAUAAAAAUAUGUCUUCCCUUCUUCUUUCAACUGUGUCUGUAUUAGAUUUGAUAGGACGUAUCGGAGGUUCUGCUCUUUCUGAUGUCUCGAUCAUGCCAAAGCAUUGGUAUUUUGUUGGUGGUUUGUUCAUUUCUGGAAUCUCGUUGGCCCUUCUUCCUAUAGUUACAAGUUACACUUUAUUAUCAGUUUAUUGUGGUAUUUUUGGCUUAGCCUCCGGUAUUUACGUCGGUAUCACCGCAGUUAUAAUGGCAGAUAUGUUAGGAACCGAAAAAUUAACUUCAUCUUAUGGUAUUUCAUUAUUUGUAAAUGGAAUCAUACAACUAGUUGGCCCCCCUAUUUGCGGUAUUAUAUAUGAACAAAUCGGCAGUUAUGGUCCAAUCUUUAGCAUCUUAGGAAUUGUUUUAGUGGUAGGCGCAUCAUUAUGGGGUUUUGUUCCAUUUAUUAGGAAACGACAAAAAAUUAUGAAGAAAGAGAGUCCAAUUGAAAAAUUAUAAUGUAUCUAUUAGUUGAAAUUGAACAUAGACAAGAGCUUAACUAUAUGGUCAUUAUAAAAUUUUUUGUAAUGUGUAUCGCAAUUAUGCAUAUACGUAUAUACACAUAUAACAAGACAUGUUAUGAAAUACUGUGAUGUUAGAACGAAUGUUAUGUAUGUACUUAUAAACCACUGGCACUGUGAUGACCUUAUGUAUAUAUAUAUAAUCUACACGCACAUUUUCAAAA